AUGUCCCAAACCGUCUGCAAGUUCUGGGCGAUGUCCAGAUGCAUGAAUAAACGAUGCCCGUACCUACACCCAGCACAAAAGUCUCCUCCUGUUAUUUCUCAAGAGAAAGCCAAGGCUGAAAGAGUCUGUAAGUUCUGGGCAGAUGGCAAGUGUGUCAAAGGCGAAAGGUGCCCUUAUUUGCACGCUUGGUUCCGCGGAGAUGGCUUCCAAGGCCAUAAGAAGGGGAUCACCGGAAUUGCGCUUACGGAUAACAGUAGCUGUCUCUAUUCUGCUGCCAAAGACGGAACCGUUAGGGUUUGGGACUGCAACACUGGUCAAUGCAGCAAGGUGAUCAAUCUUGGUGCUGAAGCAGGCUGCUUGAUCAGUAAAGGUGUUUGGGUUUUUUGUGGUGCUUCCAAUCUCGUCAAGGCGUGGAACACCGAGUGUAAUACUGAAUUCACACUUGCAGGACCUGUUGGUCAAGUCCAUGCCAUGGAGGUUGAGAAUGACAUGGUGUUCGCUGGGACAGAGGAAGGUGUGAUAUAUGUGUGGAAAGGGAUAGUCUGUUCCGAUACUAAAGCCAAUCCAUUCCACCCUCAUCAAGCUCUCAGCGGACACACUGGUGCUGUGGUUUCUUUAAGGGUUGGAAGUAUAAGACUCUACACUGGUUCUGUGGACUAUACAAUAAGGGUGUGGAAUCUGGAUACUUUAGAGUGUGCUAUGACUCUUAAUGGGCAUUCUGAUACCGUGACGUCUCUCAUAACUUGGAGUACAUGUCUGAUAUCAUGCUCCUUAGACCACACGAUUAAGGCGUGGAGUAUGAGUGAAGGAGGCAAGAUUGAAGAAAUCUAUACUCACACUGAAGAAGACGGUCUUCUUGCUCUCUCUGGAAUGCAUGAUGGUGAAGAUCAACCACUCCUCUUUUGCUCAUCAAAAGACAACUCUGUCCGCAUGUAUGAUUUGCCAUCCUUUGAUGAGAGAGGAAAGUUAUUUGCAAAACGAGAAGUUCAGGCUAUUCAAAUAGGCUCUGGAGGACUAUUCUUCACUGGGGAUGAAACUGGUGGACUCUCUGUGUGGAAGUGGUUGGAACCUGCAGACAAACAAGAGUCUUCAUCAGCUUAA